AUGGCGGGAGCAUCGCCCUUGCUAUCACCAUCGUCGCCACUUUUGACACCAAAUUCUCAGCCCGGGUCGCCCUCCUGCUUAAACGAAAGCAUACCCUUAUCACCAAUCGAAGACGGACAGACUUUCAAAUCUGGCAGCCAUACCUUCGUGCAUAAACUUUACGAUAUGAUAGAAGAUGUAGAUUGUCAUCCAUAUAUCUGCUGGAGUAAUGACGGUACAUCCUUUGUCGUCUAUAACGUAGUUGAAUUCGCCAAGGUACUUUUGCCAAAGCAUUUUAAGCACAACAACUUUUCCUCCUUUGUCAGGCAGCUCAACAUGUAUGGAUUCCAUAAAAUCAACAAAACCCCAAGAAACCAAAAAUCAAUGACGAAGGACCAAGUGUGGGAGUUCUCACAUCCUCAAUUUCUCCGUGGUCGACCGGAUUUAUUGGACGGCAUAAAAAGAAAGGCAAUGGACAACGACAUGUACCGACGAGAAGCUGGUGACAUGUACGGCCAAAUUUCGAUGCUACAAGUUUCUCAAGCGGAUAUUUUCAAACAGUUAUCGCAAUUGCAAUUGACUGUGAGCCAACUAUCACAACAGCUAAACCAGUCGCUGACGGCACAAAGUGACCAGGCGAAUUUGAUUAAGAGUAUGAUGGAAAGCAUGACUACAAGUGGCAUACCUGUGCGAAAUUCUCAAUAUGAUUCAAAUGCGGGAUCUUAUGGUUCAGGGAAUUCUCCGUCAGUCUAUAUUACCUCUCCACAGACUUCGCAAUCAAUCACAAUACCACAACAACCUUCGGUUUUCCAGAGUCAAUCCAGAGGCAUGAAAAUGAAUAAUCUAGUAACUGAUAACUACAUACAGACGACGCUGCCAUUAUCACCUGAUACAAACAGUUUCAAUCUAGCAUGCAGCAUUCCGCUUCCACCUAGCCCAAUGACUUUAUCCCCCGACAGCCCGUUUAGUGUGAUGUCGGACAUGCAAGACGAUGGCAUGAGGACUGAUUGA